AUGGCUUCAUCCUUGGGGAAACUCCUAGCUGAAGAAGGGUUCAAGGGAAGCAGAAGAAUCACAAGAUCCAGAUCUUCCGUCCAGUCUAAUCCUGAUAAGAUGCCCCAUCACUCAAUCAGGGACCAGGAAAGGAGACUAUCUGUAUCAGAUGACAGAAUUAGAGAGGAGAGAACAAAAUCUUACAUCUCACAAUAUCGGAUUGGGGAUGAAUUUUUUAAUAGAGAUACUGCUCAGCGCGGGAGACCAAGGGAUAAUCUUGCUGAAAGAGGGAAAUUGGAUGACGGAUUGAAGAAUGAAAUUGCUGAGAAAUCUUCCAGCAAUGCGAAGUUGAGUAAAAAAUUUGAUAGCAAAACACCAGGACACACACCUAGAAAUGAGAUAACCAAGGUGGACGACCAAGAAGACGGCAAAGUUAAAGAUGUUUAUUCCAAUGAAUUAAUUGCAAAUAGAGGGAAAGAAGAGUAUUUGAAUGACUUUAGGAAUAGGGAUAAGUGGCCCAGGAUGCUACUCAAGGAUGCAAAGCUGGAUAAGAGGCAUAGCAGCAGUUCUAGUACACAUAAGGUUGGACAGUUGAAUGGAAGUGCCAAGAAGAAUAUAAAGCGACAGGAGAGAUCAUACGGUCGAUCAACUAACGAAAGCUUUGAAAAUAGUUAUGACAAAAAUCAUGGGCAUGCUUUGCAAACAACAGCUGAUGUAGCUCUCGAUGAAGUUGCUGUGCAAGCAGUUGUUUCUAUUCUAAAUGGAUAUAUAAAACGCUUUCUAAACGAUGAAGAUUUUCGGACCACAUGGCGUCACAAUUGUUUUUCUUCCUUGAAUUUCAUUGAACUGGAAGAUGAGAACAGUACUGAGACCAAAGUCAUAAGAAGUCUUGAACAAGCAAUUGAUACAAUAGAACAAGCUGCUGAGGAAUCUGUAUCUGAAAAAGAAUUGAAAAGAACCUCUUUGCAGCUAAGCAUUAUUACAGGUCUAAGCUUAAAUGAACUGAAGUAUGGUUUUACAUGUGGGAUACCGAAUUAUAAGUUGUCAGCCUGUGCUCAUCUUUACCUCAGUGUUGUCUAUAAGAUACAGAGAAAGGAUAAGGUAUCGGCAAAGCAUCUUUUGCAAGUAUUUUGUGAUUCACCUUCUCAGGCACGGACAACAUUGCUUCCUGAAUUGUGGGAGUGCUUAUUUUCUCCACAACUUUCUCUUUUGAAAGAAUGGUACAACAGGGAAGUUCAUAUGCUAGUGAAUAUGACAAGCAGAACAAGAAAAAUGAAGCAUCUUGAAAAGGUGUAUAAUGAGCAUUUGGAUUCUGGGACUCAUUCAUUUGCUGUGUACUACAAAGACUGGCUCACUGAAGGGGGAGAAGCUCCAUCAGUUCCUUCUAUCACCGUUCCUUCAACAUCUGCUUCAGAAAGUCAUUACGGAAGUUCCCUUGGUCAUUCUUCUGAAUUAGCUUCUUCCGUUGAUUCAUUCUCACCACAGCCAAUGGUUAGCAAAAAACUGUAUGAUUCUGUCUUUGGUAGCUCGAGUAAAGCUGGAAUUGAAGAAGAGGAAGAUAAUGCCACGGAAGAUAACUUACACAACAGCAAGGGACACUCAUGUGUUUCAUCUAUUGCUGAACAAAAAUUAACAUUUGUCUCUGAAAUGGUUGAAUAUACCGAUGAAGACACUGAAGAAGAUUCCCAGAAGAAAGGAACCUCAAUGAUAGAUGAACAAAUGUGGCAAGGAAGAAGUGUCAGUGAUGAUAUUGCUAACUCUUUCACACAUGUAAAAAGCAACAUGCUAGAUGAUCUACCGUAUGAGAGAACUAAUGAAGUCCCUCUUACGAAGGUGACAGGAUCUGUUUUAGUAAUGCAAGAUGCCAAAAGGCAUUUUGAUCACAUUGUGUCUACUGGUUCACUGUCCAGUGAGGAAUCAGUCUCCAACUCUGUUGCAAAUCCAACAGAGACGAGCUCUUCUCCUAAAGGGUUAUAUUUUCCAACUAUUCCGCAGGAGUUCAUUUGUCCUUUGACUGGAACUUUAUUUGAGGAACCGACUACCCUUGAAACUGGUCAAACCUUUGAACGAGCAGCAAUCAAAGCCUGGUUUGAAAAGGGAAACAGAACUUGCCCGGUGUCUGGAAAUAGUUUAGAUUGUGUUGCCAUGCCAUUAACUAACCUUGUUUUGAAGCGUUUGAUUGAUAAUUGGAAGUCAGAACAAUUUAGUCGCAUACUGGAUUUUGCUUCUCAAAUCGCGGACAAAGAAAGCCAUAAGCUGAAACAUGAAGAGGCUGCUGUCUUUAAUUUGGAGAGUCUCAUCACUUCAUUGAAUGGAGUAAACAAAAGAAAUUAUGUCAGACAACUCAUCUCUGUAGGGUUUCUGUCAUUUCUUUUUAGGAGGUUUGAAUUGGGAAAUGUGGAAGAGAAAACACAUGUUUUGGCACUCUUGGUAAAUUGCAGUGAAGCAGAUUCUAGCUGCAUAUAUCAGAUCGCGAGGAACAUUGACAAAAAAUGUCUUCUACACCUGCUUUGCAGUGUGGAUGUUGCCCCAGGAACAAGUGCAAUUUCGCUACUUACUGAAUUAUUUUCUCUUAAAAGAAAUGAUGUUAUUUCCUUCUUAAGUGGCUUUGCUGGUCCGGAUUUAUUGAACACUAUGGAUGUUCUACUUUUGUAUCUUCAGAAUUCUUCUCUCCGUCAAAAACCCCUUGUUGCUGUUCUUCUGUUGCACCUUGAUUUACUGACUGAGCCUCCAAUGCAUUGCGCAUACAGAGAGGAGGCUGUGAAUGCCAUUGCAGUUGCUCUUGAUGCCAGCUUACAUGAUGACAAGGUUCAAGAAAAGUGUUGCAGGGCACUGCUUAUUUUGAAAGGACUUUUUGCUUUCAAAAGAAAGAAACAAGCCAAGGCUAACAUUUUAGAGCAAAAUGAAGAUGAAAAUGAUAGUUCAGCAGUCAAUUCUUGUGAGCAUGAAGAAGAGGGCAUAAUAUCAUUGGUAUGUUUGCUUUCCAAAGAAGAUGAAGAAGAAAAGAACCAAGAGUGGCUGAUGAAGUUGUUAGAAUUGUUGAUUGGUGAUGGAGAAAGCCCAUUUUUGAAGAACAUUUCAAGAUGUUUAGCCUCUAGAUACCUUGAUUUGGUGAAGAUAUGCUUAUUAACAGUCACAUGGCUUAGUUCCAGACUUUCUGUACUAAGUAAUUCUGGUUCACCCCUUCCUGCAUUCCCAGCCAUCAUCUAUCAGAUGAAAGGAAUACUGCAGAGUGGGGAUCUUGAGUUCAAGACUCUUGCGUCUUUGUCCUUGUUUCAUUUCAGUAAGAUACCAGAAAGCAGAGCCCUUAUGAUGACUAUGGCAGAAGAUAUUGCUACUCCUCUUCAUAGAAUUGUUGAUGUAACAUGGAGUGCAAAGCAGCUUCUUAUCAUGUUAGGGAAGGAUUUGCUGAAUUUGACAGGACCUGGCAUAAUCCAUCUCCAACCCAUCGUCUUCACCAUCGCGAAGCCAGGUCCAAGUGUGGAGUUUCUUGAUACAGAAGAACAUCGGCAUUUAGACUCUUUGGGAGAUAUUUCUGUGCUCAGGGCUGCCAGUGUGUUGAAAAAUGGUGCUUUGGAGUUAUAUUGGGUGGGUGAUAUAGCUGUUGAUUGUUAG